UUGUGUUGUGCAGAGGCAACAUGGCGGCCCCGCUGGAGGUGGUGGUGAGCAGUGACUCGGGCUCACAGCUGUGGAACUGUACCGUGUUUGACCUGCACAGCGGCUCCAGCCUGCUGUCAUACCGCGGGGGGAACAGCUCUGCCCGGACACUCACGGUGCUCAACGGGGAGUACCUCCUGUCCGCGCAGCUCGGAAAGAACUUCAUCAACGUGUGGGAAAUCCAGAGAAAGGAUCAGCUGCAGCAGAAGAUCGUGUGUCCAGGUGUGGUGACCUGUCUGACGGCCUCACCAAAUGGAUUGUUCCUCGCCACAGGUGUCGCAGAGGCGAUUUACCUAUGGGAGGUGUCCACAGGGAAGCUGCUGUCUGUGCUGAGUCGGCACUAUCAGGACGUCACCUGUGUGAAGUUUACAGAUGACAGCAGUCACUUUGUCUCUGGAGGAAGAGAUAACUUGGCUUUAGUGUGGAGUUUAGCCAGUGUGAUUCAGAUGGAUUCAAACCAUGUACCCGAACCUCGUCAUGUCCUCUCCCGCCACUCACUGCCAAUCACAGACCUGCAUUGUGGCCUUAUGGGACCCCAGGCACGAGUGGCUACUGCCUCCUUAGACCAGACUGUGAAGGUGUGGGAGUUGUCAUCAGGGGAGAUGCUGCUGUCUAUCCUGUUUGAUGUAGCAAUCAUGUCUGUGACCCUUGACCCCUCAGAGUACUUCCUGUUCUGUGGCGGUAGUGAUGGUAACAUUUUCCAGGUGUCGCUAUGUAACCAGAGCAUCACACGGGACAAACAGUUCCAGAGCGGGGACAGUGGCAACCAGGUGUUCACGGGACACAGGAACCUGGUGACGUGCCUGUCUGUGUCAAUGGAUGGGACCCUUCUCCUGUCAGGGUCACAUGAUGAAACUGCUCGACUUUGGGACAUUCAAAGCAAACAGAGCAUCCGCUGUCUCACACACAAAGGUCCAGUGACUAAUGCGAUGAUCAUGCUGGCCCCUGCCAACAUGUUCCUGCCAGACAGUCGCCCGGCGCUGCCCCUGCCUCGCUUCAGUCGCCACGUGCAUGGCAGCGAAGGGGAUGCCAGCGAGUCCGGGGAGCUCUGUGUGCGCCUGGGGCUCUACACAGGUAUGAAACCCAGUCAACUCAGCAAGGAUGAUGAGACUUACCUACAGAAAGCAGCUAAACUCAAUUCUUUAAUGAAUGCUGUCACAGAUAAGUCGGUGUUUGGUGACGGUGAGAACACAAAAGUCCGAGUGGCCGAGCUGGAGGAAGAGGUUCAGACUCUGAAGAAGGUCAAUAAAGAUCUGUAUGAUUUUUCCACACAGCUGCUCACCAAACCUACAUAAAAAUACACAUUUCGUUGUAAUAUACACAACCUCAUAAACACAACACACGAGUAGAGGUGGGCAAUAUAUUGAAUUAUGAGUAACACAAAGGUUUACAACAUUUUUUACAUCAGUUAAAGCUUGGGAUCGUGCCAUCACACAUCAUUUUCAGUUAGACUAAAAUCUUAUAAAGAAGCAUUUUAUGGAUCUAAAUUAUUCCCUGACUCAUUUUUAGUUUUUCCUCGAGCGAUCCAAAAAAGAAGGAGCCACUGUCUGCAUGAAUGUUGAUGUAUUUUAGUAAAGUGCUAAAUACUAAACAUAGCGUUCAUUCAAAAGUAUUCUGACAUUAUAAUGUGAAGAAUAAACUUAAAAUAAACCAAUAGUAAUACAGCAGCUUAUAGGGCUCAGAGAUUUUUGAGCACUGUUGUGGCUAAUGUAUCUCUGUUGACGCUUUGCACUGCUGCUACAAAAUGCCGAAUUUUGUCAAUAACAGUUGCUUUUUAGACAUUCAGUCCCGACCUCUAUGUAGUUUAUUAUUAAAACUAUAUCAAAAUGCAGCAAAAAUGGAACAAACUUCUCUUGUAAUCAUUCAAAAUGGGGGGUUUCCUUUACUUCUAUGGGUAAUUUUGAAGUCCUACAAAUAUAUUAAAUAGCAUGUUUUACCAUCUUUCUGUUUGGUUGCCAGAAUAUUUUCAUAUGUUAUCGCUAUAUAUACUCAAACACAUUCUUUUUUGUCUAUAUUGCCCACUCCUACACACAUAUACGUCAUUGUAUUUACUGUAUAACUGAACCGUGCAACUUGACGGAAAUCUCUCAUUCUUUUGUCUGUUGUUUUUUUUUGUUACAAUUCCUUUUGAUAAAAAAUAAAAUGACCUGGUUUUCAA